AAAUAUUUAUUCUCUCACACUUCCUCUUCCUGCAUGGUUUUUGAGAAUUGAGAAACCAUUUUCUGUUGGAAACCUUCUUACAAUUCUCUCUCUUUUUUUUUUUUUUUUAUCUACUUGUGCUUAGGCAUAUCCCAAGACUUUUUGGUGUAUGUCUAUCCUCCGCUAAGAACAGGACUUUUCCGAUCGCCGGAAAAUAUUUCUUGGCCUUCUGAUUUAAUGGAUUUUUGGGUUGCUGGUUUCUUGGUUUUGACGGCCGGAAUACUUCUCCGUCCAUGGUUAUGGUUUCGUCUAAGAGAAUCUAAAAAGAAAGAUGGAGGAGAUGAACAUGAAGAGAAGAAGAAGAAGGGAAUGAUUCCAAAGGGGAGCUUAGGCUGGCCGCUGAUCGGAGAAACCCUAAACUUCAUCGCUUGUGGUUAUUCUUCUCGGCCGGUUACCUUCAUGGAAAAACGAAAAUCUUCAUACGGAAAGGUGUUCAAGACGAACAUAAUAGGGACACCAAUCAUAGUAUCAACCGAUGCAGAGGUCAACAAAGUGGUGCUCCAAAACCACGGGAACAUAUUUGUCCCUGCAUACCCUAAAUCAAUAACCGAAUUACUAGGAGAAAACUCUAUUCUCAGCAUCAAUGGACCUCACCAAAAAAGGCUUCACACGCUCAUUAGCGCCUUCCUCAGAUCUCCUCACCUUAAAGACCGGAUCACUCGAGACAUCGAGACCUCAGUUUGUCUCACUUUGGCUUCUUGGGCACAACUUCCUUUGGUUCAUGUUCAAGAUGAGAUCAAAAAGAUGACGUUCGAGAUAUUAGUUAGAGUGCUGAUGAGCACAGCCCCUGGUGAAGAUAUGGACAUUCUCAAACUUGAGUUUGAAGAAUUUAUCAAGGGUCUAAUUUGUAUUCCCAUCAAAUUCCCUGGAACUAGACUUUAUAAAUCCCUAAAGGCGAAAGAGAGGUUAAUAAAGAUGGUUAAAAAGGUUGUGGAGGAGAGACAAGUGGCGGCGGGGACGACGGCGUCUCCGGCGAAUGACGUGAUGGAUGUGCUUUUAAGAGAUGUUAGUGACGGUGGUGAUUCAGAGAAGCAAUCUCAGCCGUCGGAUUUCGUCAGCGGAAAGAUCGUAGAGAUGAUGAUACCCGGAGAGGAAACAAUGCCAACGGCGAUGACCUUGGCUGUCAAAUUCCUAAGUGACAAUCCCGUCGCCUUAGCCAAACUCGUGGAGGAGAAUAUGGAGAUGAAGAGGCGGAAAUUGGAAUCAGGUGAAGUAUACAGUUGGACUGAUUAUAUGUCUCUCUCUUUUACUCAAAAUGUGAUAAACGAAACGCUGAGAAUGGCUAACAUCAUUAACGGAGUGUGGAGGAAGGCUCUCAAAGAUGUUGAAAUUAAAGGUUACUUGAUACCAAAAGGAUGGGGUGUAUUGGCAUCAUUCAUAGCGGUUCACAUGGAUGAAGACAUUUAUGAGAAUCCCUAUCAAUUCGAUCCGUGGAGAUGGGACAGGAUUAAUGGAUCGGCAAACAGCAGUAUUUGCUUCACACCCUUUGGCGGUGGGCAAAGGCUAUGUCCUGGUUUAGAACUGUCGAAGCUCGAAAUAGCCAUCUUUCUUCACCACCUCGUGACGCGGUACAGUUGGACGGCUGAGGAAGACGAGAUCGUGUCAUUUCCGACGGUGAAGAUGAAGCGGAGGCUCCCGAUCCGAGUGGCUAUGGUUGAUAUUCUAUAAUAGAACCCUUAAAAGAACAAAACUGUUUGUGCGAAAGGAAGCAGGGUAGUAUAACAAAAUUAUUUUAUUUAAAUCAAUUAGCAGCGAAGAGAAGCAAACAAGAAGAUUGGUGGGUAAGAUAGAAAGAGCCAUACGUACAGCAGCUAGUGAUGGCUCAGAGAUCAUGAGAGAUUCUAAUUGUAUUUUUGUUUGUCAUGUCAAAUUAUAAGCGUUGGUUAGGUUGUCCCUUUCUCUUUUAUUUAUCGUACCAAACGCAAGUUGAGAUAUGAUUCCAAAUAUAUAUAUAUAUAUGGCUGAUUGAUAAUGUUAAUAUAAA